ACAAAUGCUUUAUGCCAUAAAGUUUAUGACAAACUUUAAAAUAAAAUUACCACUUUAAAAUAAACUGCCGAAUCUUUAUUUGAUCGCAGUCGCGGUAGAACAAGAUAUUUCAUUUAGAAUGAUCUGCUUAUGGUUUUAAUAAUUCUACGUAAGUGUUAAUAAUACGAUAUUCAUUAUGUCUACAGAUUUUUUAAAUAUUGAUGGUAGUAUUAAAGGGGUACAGAAAAUAACCCUAACCCCAUAUAAAGUAGCAACUAUUAUUUUAAUUAAGGAGUAUUGCAAUGAAACCACGAAAGCAAUUGUUGAAAGACGUGACUUUUGCUUGGCAGCAUUAAAAUUGAUUCAAUCUCCAGACAUGGAUCUUAAUUCACUUUUAAAUGUGUUAUAUUCUCCUGAAUAUGUUCUCCAUCGAUUUGCACAUCAAUUAGAAGUACAGUUAAAUGUUUUAAAAGGAGAUGGAGUUGAAGGAUUAGUAGAUUUAUUUGACAGUGUGGGACGUCUUAUGAAGCCAACUCUGGACCAUUCUCUUUCUUUGCCUGCAUUAAAUAAACAUUCUGUUCUUGGAUUGUACAUAAGAAGAGCUAUUAUAUCUUUUGAGAAGUUAUUUUUUGAUAAAGUUGUAUCACUUUAUGAAGAUUUAAAGAAAUAUUCAGAUAAAAAGGCGAAUACCUCGGACAUUUCUGACAUUUCUAUAGGUUCUAAAGUAGAUGACUUGUAUACAAAUGAAACAAAAACAACUUGGGGUGGAAGGCAAGCUGAAUUGCUGGUAGCACAACAAGCACAUGCAUUACAAACAGAUGAACAUAAAGCAAUGUCUCCUGCAGAAUUACAAGUUCUUGUGCGAGAACUAUUAAGUUCUAGCCCUUACUAUGCUGAAGCUCAUUACUUAAGUUAUCUAAACUGCUUACGAGUAAAUGAAUACUGUGGAGCCAUCGAUAGCCUUUAUCAUUGUUUUGAUAGAUUGGCGCCUCUGGAAAACCGUUCUGCACCUGAAGACAGAUCUCGUAUUUUCAGAUAUGCAGCUUUAAAUUUAGCAGUUUUACAUGCUCAAUUUAAUCAUAAGGAAGUAGCUCAAGCUGCUUUAAAGGAAGCUAUCAUGAUAGCUCAAGAAGCAGGAGACAAUGUGUGUUUGCAGUUAGCACAUGCUUGGAUGUAUCAUCUAACUACUGAACAGAAGGGAUUACUUAUAGAAAGAUCGGUUGGCAAGGCAAGUAUGUUGGGAAUUAAUCAUACCACUGGCUUGGGUCUCAUUGCAUAUGCUCAUAAUUCCGCUUUAAAAGCUAAAGGUCCACCACAAGUGUUUGAGACUCUCAUGAAAUCUGAUGUUUUAAAUUGUCAACAUUCCAUGAUCGAUUUAAUGUCAAUGACUUAUGCUGAAAAAUCUGCAUUAUGGGCAUACUAUGGUAAAACUGAAAUGUCAUCCGUUUCCGCGCAGUUACUUCUUUUACACAAUACAGGAGAUAAAAAGCAGCAUAUGUUCAAUGGGCCAUCUACUUGUCAAGCUGUUGUUAACAUUGCAAAUAUUUUAGUCGAGUUUGGUGAAUAUUCUUUGGUUGACAUUGUGCUUGCCCAUGCAAAGGAAAGAUUUCCUAAUGAACCCUGCAAUAAGAUAUGGAUGUUAAGCGAGCAACUUUACAUAUUCACUCAAUUAAUAAGACACGAAAAAUGGAGUGAAGCAGCAGCAGUAGCAAUGAAUAUUUCAAGUUUAGAUUCUUUGGAAAGUAAAUUCAGGUUAGCAGAAGUUUGCUUAGGGAAAGGAGAUUAUCCUAAAGGCGUGGAAUAUAUCAAUAGUAUCGAAGAAUGCGAACAAAUAACGCCGCAAAAUAAAAUAAAAUCUAUGCUUUUAUUGAGUCAAAUAAUGUAUGCAUCGGGUUCACUGGAAAAUGGAAUGGCUAGUGUCAACUCUAUAGUGCUUCUUAACACUGCGUUGGAGUUAGCAGUACAAAAUCAUUUAUCUUACUACGAAGCUUUCGUUAAAAUGCAUCUUUCAAACACUCAGCUGAUAAUGGGCAUGCCAACGUUAGCUUUAAACUUAGUGGAAGAAGUCAUUACUCAAAUUUUAGCACAUGCUGGAUAUUAUGAUCAGGGCAGAGCGUUCGUUUUAUAUUCAAAAUGCUUAGUUGCCACAGCACCAGUAUGUGGCAAUGCACGGAAGGAAAUUAUUUUAAGGGCUAUUAAAGCACUCUCUAAAGCAAAAGAUUGCUUUGCAAAAGUUGAAGCUUAUGGAAGACUUCGAACUGCGUUGUGUCUAGAAUCAUUAUUAUAUCACGAAAUAGAUUUAAAGACUGAACGAAAUCAGUGUGCUUUCGAGUUUCGACAAUUAGACGAGCAAUUCCUGACAAAAUUAAACAACCUUUCUUUAUAUUAGAAGGAAAAAAUUGCAUAAAAUUAUACUUGAAACAAGCUUCAUAUUGUUCUUUUGUAUUGAAUAUAUGUACUACUAAAAAUAUCAAUACGAAGCAAAUGAUUGUUAUAAGUUGUUUUUCAUUCUCAAAUUGAAAAUAACUUUAAGAUUAUUAUUUAGAUGUUAUUAAGAUAGCAAUUUUGUAUUGUUAAUAAUUUUUAAAUAAAACCAGUAAAAUUGUCAUUCUUAA